AUGAUCGAAAUUAGACGUCCUCUCUCAGAAAAGAAUUUAGGUCAUAGAUCAAGUAAAGAAUUACAAAGACCUAAUUCAUCUAAUUAGUCUAAUUCAUAAUCAAAAUAGACUUUGUAAACAAUGAAAAGUUCUAUACAAUUAUAAAAACAGAAUCAAAACUUUUAUUCCAAAUAUUUUAAUUCUAAGGAUUAAAAAGAAAAUAUUGAAAUACGUUCAAAUCAAGAUAGAAAUCAAUCUACUAAAAUUAAAUAAUCUCCUUAAGAUUAUUAAAAACUAUAAGACAAAUUACUUUAUUUAGAGAAUAAGAUUUCAUCCAUUAAAUCUCAUAUUGAUAAUAGUUAAAGAUAAACGAAAAAUAAUCUUGCAUCUAAAUUUUUUACAUAAAAUACAAAAAAUAAUCAAACCUCAACUUCAGUUCAAAAAACUGUUUAAAUAGAUUUUACUAACAGAACCUAAAAAGAUCAAUUAAUUCAUCAAUAAUCUAAAGAAUAAAGAGAUUAAACACCUUAAUAAUAAAAUAAAUUGAAAUCAAGUACACUUAUCAAUAAUAAUUAUGAUAAUAAAAUUGAUGGUACUAUCAUUAAAAAACCCAGUCUAUCAACCUUUGUUACUCAAGUAAAGGCUCCGUUGACUGAAAAUAAAAAUAAUUUUAAGAAUUUAAAACCAGAAUCAACUAAGGCUAGUAAUACUAUUAAAGAAAAUUUUAAAAGGAAAACUUCUUAAGAGAAAAAUAAUGAUAUUUCAUUUUUAUAUUACAUUUCAUCAAUCAUAAAAGGCUAUAUGCAAAUUGAAAUCACAAAACCUAUUGAAUUAAUAAGAGAACAUCUCUUACAAACGAUGUAAGCUUCAAUUUUUUAAAAAUCAGUGAAAAUAGCUAAUAAUUUUGAGGACAAAAAGAUUAAUUUACCUUCAACGAAUAGAAAAACAAUAAUAUUUGAUUUAGAUGAAACAUUAAUUCAUUGUAAUGAGUCUAUUCAAAUAUAAGGUGAUAUAGUAUUGCCAAUAAAAUUUCCAUCAGGAGAAAUAAUAGAAGUAAAUUAUAAAAAAAAUAUAAAUUUAGGCAUCAAUCAAUAUUAGACCUUAUGCUUAAUAGGUAUUAUAGACUUUAAACAAACACUUUGAAAUAAUUGUAUUUACUGCAUCACAUUCCUGCUAUGCUAAUGUUGUAAUUGAUUAUUUGGAUCCAAAUAAAAAUCUUAUUUCUCAUAGAUUUUUUAGAGAUAGUUGUAUGUAAACAGAGGAAGGUGCUUAUAUUAAAGACUUAAGAGUUAUUGGAAAUAGAUCUAUGACUGAUAUGGUUUUGAUUGAUAAUGCAGCUUAUUCAUUUUGUCUUUAACCUUUAAAUGGAAUUCCCAUCAUUAAUUAUUAUGAUAAUAAGAUGGAUUAAGUAAUAUUCUAAUGUAUGUUUUAGGAAUUACUUUAUUUAUAGAAUUAUCUGAUAACUAUGAAAUCAGUAAGAGAUGUUAGACAAUAUAAUAGUUAGAAUUUAAAAUUGGAUAAAUUUUCAACUUUUUCUGAUCCUAUAGAUUUGUUAUAGUAAUUGUACAAAGAAUAUAUUCCUUGA